UGGAUAGCGAGGGAGAAAGUCUGAGUCUUUGAGAGAGAGAGAGAGGUGAGAGAGAGGUGAGAGAGAAGGUGAGGAGUAGGUGGUGGUGUUGCUGGGUUGCUGGGUUGCUGGGUUUGCGUUGAAGCAACAGCGCGCGCGUUCUUCGUUUUUAACUUCAGGAAGCACAGUUGCAAUGGAGGUGGAUGGUAAUUCUGUGGUAGCAGGACCUACGAAUGUUGUUUAUCUGUCGACUAUUUUGGGCCGUGAUGGGUCAAAUCCUGUUCACAAAUGUGACUGGAAGUGUCAGAACGAGCACGUCUGCGCGAAUAUGUACCUCUGCAAGCUAACUGGAGCCACUCACAUCUGUGACAAAAACUGUGAUCAGAGGAUCCUGUAUGAUAACCAUAGCUCCCUUUGCCGGGCAAGCGGAAAGAUUUUCCCCCUUACACAGGUAGAGGAACAGGCUGUGAGAGGGGUCCGGAGGAAGCUUGAGUCGGAUAGCUCUUCUGCAGACAGUUGCUCUUCUAAGCGCAGACGGGAUGCCCAGUUCCAUCCUUCUCCCUUCGAGAGAUCCUUCACUACUGCCAGUCUGAUCUGCAGCAAAGUUGGAGAUGGCAUGGAUAUGAGCUAGACUUAUAAGAUAAAUGAACGACCUUUUAUUGCUUAUCUUAAUCUUGUUCCUUUAAACUUUUCCCUAUUUUCAUUUCGUGGAACGGAUAUGGACGAUGAACUUGAUGAGUACUUAAAGUGGUGGACCUAAUGUGUCCUACCCGUCUGUAGGAACAAUCUAUAUUUGUAGUCCUGUUUACUGCAAUUUAACUCCUCCAUUAGCUUGACUUUAAAAGAAUGAUAUUUAGGGGUGAUCGGGGUUUGUUUAACUGCUUAAGAAUCUUGGAUUCAAUUCUUAUUUUUGCUAGCCCUACUGGUCAGGAAGUUUGGCUAUAUUUGCUACAGGGUGCUUUCAGGUCGUUUGCGAUUCAGCUGUGACUUCUUUUAUGUUACUCCCAUUAAUUGUUUUACCUUAUUACUAGUAUCUUCUUAUUUGUUGUCAUUUAUGAUGUUUAUGUUGCCGAAAGGCAAUUAUUUGUAUUUAUUUAUUAAAAUGGUUAGCUUAGUUGCUUCUUUAUUUGGAUCUGUAAUAUUAUUGGUUCUUGUUCACUACGAUUGCAGGCAGUAUAGAUUGUUGUUGAGUUACUUUUGCCUAGUUUAGUACAGGUUACGAAGGAAUGAUCCGGAUUUCACUUGUUUUAUAUAUUUGCAUCAUCGACAUUCUUUUUUGCUCUGGUUAUUUGAUUGAAUGUAUCUGAAAUUGAUGUCAAUUUUGCAGGAGUUGAAGCAUGUGCUAUCGAGGAGAUAUUAGAUAUGCUUGUUAAUAAUGACUGAUGUCUUUCUUAUUUAGAAAUUUUCUGAUAUAGCUUCUUAUGAAUUUUUGUUUUGUUUUCUCGUGUAGGUAAUUGUAUAAUUUCUUGGAGAACAAAGCUACACCUGGUGAUGCUGGAGAGUUGACACGGCCGUUCUAAACGCUUGUCUUUUGAAUCAAGUUGUAACUUUGCACGUGCAAGCUAGGUGCAGAAAUAUGAUAAAACUUCCACAAUAUGGUAAUUGAUCAACCUCUUCUAUUUGCCUUAUUGGUGAAGUACAACACAGCACUUUCUGCCCAGCCAUCAAGGCACGAGUACGUUUGAGUCACAUUAUUUACAUAGUAUCUAGUACUGGUGGUUCGACAUAAAUUGUGUUUGAGUUGUCCUGCCCAUGGCCUAUUUGGUUCGUCAAUAUUUUCCAUGUAAGGCCAAUCCCUUUAAGCUGCCAUGUCUGAAUGUAACUGUUCUUAUAAGGUUGAAAGUGAUUGAAGAGUUGCCUCCAACCUUUAGUUGGCCCUUAGCUGAACUAUUUCUAGGCUACUUGUUAUCUUUUAGGCUACUUUUAACUUCGACGUCCUUUAUCUCUUCUAACGGAGGAAAGUCCUCUCGUUGCUUGUAAAUUUUCUAGUGAUGCCAAGAUUUUUUUAUUAAUUUGGCAUCGUCAGUUUGUAAAAACAUUGUAAAUUUGUAACGACACAUUUAUAAGCAAGUAAUUUCAUGUUCAUGUUCA